AUGGAAGAACAUACAGAAACCCCAGAUAACUCCACUAUGGAAUCGUUAGAAUCCCGUUUGGAAUGUUUGGGGAUCGAACCAUAUCGUCAUGAGGGAUCGUCGUUGUAUAUCGAAAACCAUUAUGAAUCUACUGGUCUAGUGGAAACUGAUCUUGAAAAGCCUCAACCAAUAUCUCCUCUAGCACAAGAGUCUUGUGAUUUGAUGGCUGAAUUCUCUACUGAUGAGGUAUUUGCGAGUCGUGAAGAGGUUAUUAAAUGGUGUCACGACAAGAAAACAAAGACAAAAACAGUAGUUAUAAUUAGGAAGUCCAAGAAAAAAUCAAAAAUACAGGGCUCUUUCAUUGUAAUGGCGUGUGAAAGAUUUGGGGAGUAUAAAAGUGUUAACAGAAGUGUUGAAAAAAGUGCGGUAACACGAUGUCUGAGGAGAAAACCGAGGACGACUGGAACAAAAAAAUGUAAAUGUCCUUUUCGGCUGAGAGCUACAUGUUUUGAUGGAACGAAUUGGCGAUUACGGGUUUUAAAUGGCGAACACAAUCAUCUGCCUUAUGAAACACUAACCGGCCAUUCUUUUUCAGGUAGGUUAAAUCCUGCUGAAAAAGAUUUGUGCAUUUAUUUUUCCGUUGGUGGAGUGAAGCCCGCUUUAAUUCUAUCUACGCUAAAGAGACAAAAUAAGAAAAUUGUUUCAACAGCACGAACAAUAUACAAUGCCAAGUCCAAAUUCAGGACGAAAGUAAUGGAAGGGCGAACAAAGAUGCAUAAUUUGUUGCAAUUGUUAGACGAACAUCAUUAUGUGACAUCUAACCGGAGAGAAGACAGCUCGGGAAGAGUUUUGGAGUUGUUUUGGUCACAUCCAGAUGGUUCAAGGCUUGCACAAUGUUUCCCCACGAUUCUGUUACUAGAUUGUACUUACAAAACGAAUCGAUGGGGUAUGCCGUUGUUUCAUGCUGUGGGUGUGACAUCUACCACACAAAGCUUCACUAUUGCGUAUUGCUUUAUGUCUGCGGAGAAGACAAGGAAUUAUAUUUGGGCUCUAGAGCGGUUAAGGAAGUUGUACUCUCCUAAUCAUCUUCCAUCGGUGGUUGUCACAGAUGAUGAUAUAUGA